UUGAUUAUUAUUGUACUCGGUCUUCCCACUUGUGGAGCAGCGGUGGUGAAAACAGUACCAUGAAAUUGAUAUUAGUGCUAACAGUUACGAUAAAGUUAGCAAUAGUGUCCGCGACGGACACAGAAUGGUGGAAGACUGCGCUCAUAUAUCAGAUAUACCCGAGGUCGUUCAAGGAUAGCGAUGGAGAUGGAAUAGGAGAUUUGACCGGAAUAAAAGAAAAUCUGCCAUAUUUAAAAAGCACUGGAGUAGAUGGAAUAUGGUUGUCUCCAAUAUUCUUGUCCCCUAUGCGCGACUUUGGAUAUGACAUUACUGAUUACAGGCAAAUUGCCCCUGAAUAUGGCACCAUGAAAGAUUUUCAAGAGCUCUUGAAAGAAGCACGAAAAUUAGGCCUACGUGUGAUACUAGACUUUGUGCCUAACCACACCAGUAACGAGAGCGACUGGUUCAUUCGGUCGGCGAGACGAGAACCAGGAUACGAAGACUUCUAUGUGUGGGCGGACGGCAUUGUCGACCCUGAAAGACCAGGGGAGGUGCUACCACCUAGCAACUGGGUGAGCCAUUUUCGUAGGAGUAUGUGGGAGUAUCAUCCCGGGCGCGGCCAGUAUUACUUGCAUCAGUUCGCUAUUGGACAACCAGAUCUGAACUACAGGAAUCAACGGGUGCAAGCCGAAAUGAAGGAGGUAUUGAGAUUCUGGUUAGAUCUGGGCGUGUCAGGGUUCAGAGUUGAUGCCAUCAAUAAAUUGUAUGAAGUAGACCCUAACGACUACGGUGGUGUUUACCCAGACGAACCCCUAUCAGGCAUAUCUGAUACUGACCCAGACGAUUACGAAUAUUACGACCACAUAUUUACACAAGACUUGGCGGAAACCUAUGAAGUUGUAUUCGACUGGAGGGAGGUUUUGGAUGAAUACACAGAAACGCAUGGAGAGUACAAAAUUAUGAUGACUGAAGCAUAUACUGAUUUGUUCAACACAAUACUAUAUUACGGAAACGAGAACAGGGAUGGAGCUAUACCUUUCAAUUUUAUUUUUCUGGAAGAAAUAAAUAAGAAUUCUACUGCGCGUGACAUUAAAACUACGAUUGAUAAGUGGAUGACUUACAUGCCUCAUGGCAGAGUGGCGAACUGGGUGAACGGUAAUCACGACCAGAGCCGUCUAGCUUCCCGUCAGGGACCCGAGCGAGUCGACGCGAUGAACAUGCUGGCACUUAUGCUACCUGGUGUGGCACUCACCUAUCAGGGAGAAGAAAUAGGCAUGACAGAUGGACACGUAUUAUGGGAGGACACCAAAGACCCUCAAGCCUGUAACACUGACGACCCAAUCAACUACUGGAAAAAGUCCAGGGAUCCAAGCAGAACACCUUAUCACUGGGACAGCUCAGUGUUCGCUGGGUUUACUUGUGGUGUAGCACCCUGGUUACCUGUGGCGGAUAAUUACAAAGAACUCAAUUUGCAAGUGCAACUGAGAUCCCGAAGAAGUCACUAUAAUUUUUACAAAGAUGUUGUAGCUGUGAGGAAGACAGCGGCCAGUAAAUAUGGAGAUCUAGGAAUAUUGGCCUAUACAGAAGACAUUUUAGUUGUUACGAGGUUACUGCCAAAUGCUCGGAGUAUCGUCGGUGUGAUCAACUUAUCAAAUAAGCCGCAGUUGGUGGAUCUGUCUUCAGUUACAUUGUUGCCAAAAUAUUUGAAAGUUGUGGCUUCUGGUGUCAAUUGCACACAAACAAAAGGGUUCAUCCUAUUAAAAGAUUACAUAAUUGUAUCCAACAAUUGUGCGCUGCUCUUGCAAACCAUCAGUAGAUGCUGCUAGACUAAUUUCAAUAAAGUAUAAAUGUAUUUCAGCAAACUGGCUUUUUAUUUUGUGUAAAGCCUUAACCGCCUGAAAGUAUCAAAGAUGCCUAUUAUUUGUAAAAAAAAAUAUAAUUCACGCAAAAAAUUCAAAA